AGAUCAUCCUAGGUUGGAUUAACCAAGCACCAUGCAGUGGUCAACUUACCUUGCCUUAUUCUUCGCUGUUUUUUGCGCCCAGAGCUACUCAGCUCUGGGGCAAGGAGCCUCAGUAUGGUCAAGCCCCCAAAUGGCCGAGAACUUCAUGAACGGCUUCUCCGUUGCACUUUCGCAAGCUGGAGCAUUCAGUGGGCAGGAGAUGAAAGACUUCGAUGAUGUCAGAGAUAUCAUGAACUCUGCAAUGGACAAGAUGAUAAGGUCCGGGAAAAGUGGCCGUGGCGCGAUGAGGGCCAUGAACGCAGCGUUCGGCUCAGCUAUUGCAGAAAUCGUUGCUGCUAACGGCGGAAAAGAAUACCAAAUAGGCGCAGUUCUAGAUGCAGUUACUAAUACUCUUCUACAGCUGACCGGAAAUGUUGAUAACGGUUUUCUCAAUGAAAUCAGUCGACUCAUCACGCUAUUUAGCAGUGUAGAAGCAAACGACGUAUCAGCAUCUGCGGGGGCAGAUGCAUCCGGAAGUUCAGGUCCAGUAGGUGGAUACUCAUCCGGAGCAGGAGCAGCAGUUGGACAGGGAACAGCUCAGGCUGUAGGAUACGGAGGAGGAGCACAAGGAGUUGCAUCAAGUGCUGCUGCCGGAGCAACAAAUUAUGCUCAAGGCGUGUCUACCGGAAGUACACAAAAUGUCGCAACUUCCACUGUCACAACAACAACAAAUGUUGCAGGUUCAACUGCAACAGGAUACAACACCGGAUAUGGAAUUGGUGCAGCAGCAGGAGCAGCCGCUGGCGCAAGCUCUGGAUACGGAACAGGCUAUGGAACCGGAGCUGGAGCAGGUGCUGGUGCUGGUUCAGGCGCUGGUUAUGGUGCUGGUGCAGGAGCGGGAGCUGGUUCAGGCGCUGGUUAUGGUGCCGGUGCAGGAGCAGGUGCAGGUUCUGGAUACGGUGCUGGUGCAGGAGCUGGAGCAGGAUCUGGUUAUGGCGCGGGUGCAGGAGCAGGAGCCGGAGCAGGAUCUGGUUACGGCGCUGGUGCAGGAGCUGGAGCCGCUUCAGGUGCUGGUUAUGGAGCUGGUGCAGGAGCAGGUGCAGGUACUGGAUACGGUGCUGGUGCAGGAGCAGGAGCUGCUUCAGGUGCUGGUUAUGGAGCUGGUGCAGGUUCUGGAUACGGUGCUGGUGCAGGAGCUGGAGCAGGAUCUGGUUAUGGCGCGGGUGCAGGAGCAGGAGCAGGAGCCGGAGCAGGAUCUGGUUACGGCGCUGGUGCAGGAGCUGGAGCAGGAUCUGGUUACGGCGCUGGAGCGGGAGCAGGAGCUGGAGCAGGAUCUGGAUACGGCGCUGGUGCAGGAGCAGGUGCAGGAUCUGGUUACGGUGCUGGUGCAGGAGCUGGAGCAGGAUCUGGCUACAGUACUGGAGCAGGAUAUUCUGCAGGUGCUGCGUCAGCUGGCAGCAGUUCGAGCACUCAAGUAACAACUCAACAAACUGUUACAUCACAGGCUUCUGCAGCAGGAGCUGGAUACGGAGUUGGCGCAGGAGCUGGAGCUGGAGCUGGAGCAGGAGCUGGCUACGGUGCAGGUGCCGAAGCUGGUUAUGGUGCUGGUUCAGGAGCUCGUGCAGGAGCCGGCGCAGGGGCUGGGUAUGGCAGUGGAGCAGGAGCUGGUGCAGGAUCUGGUUACGGCAGUAGUGCAGGAGCGGGAGCUGGGGCUGGUGCUGGAGCUGGUGCCGGCUACGGUGCUGGUGCUGGAGCAGGAUCUGGUGCCGGCUACGGUGCUGGUGCUGGAGCAGGAUCUGGUGCCGGCUACGGUGCUGGUGCUGGAGCAGGAUCUGGUUACGGUGCUGGUGCAGGAGCUGGAGCAGGAUCUGGUUACGGCGCUGGUGCAGGAGCUGGAGCAGGUUCUGGCUACGGUGCUGGUGCAGGAGCAGGAGCUGGCGCAGGAGCAGGAUCUGGUUACGGCGCUGGUGCUGGAGCUAGAGCUGGGGCUGGAGCUGGGACUGGUGCUGGCUACGGAAGUGGUUAUGGAGCAAGCAGUGGAUCCGGAGCUGGAGCAGCCGCAGGCUCAGGAGCUGCAGCUGGGGCUGGGUAUGGUACUGGAGCAGGAUAUUCAACUGGCGCUGCAUCGGCUGGCAGCAGUUCAAGCACUCAGGUAAUAACUCAACAGACUGUUACAUCUGGCGCAUCUGGAGCAGCAUCUGGUUACAGUGCUAGUUCAGGAGUGGCAGCAGGAGCAGGAGUGGGGUCUGGUUACGGUGCUGGUUCAGGAGCGGGAGCAGCAGCAGGAGCUAGAGCAGGAUCUGGUUAUGGUGCUGGAGCAGGAGCCGGAGCAGGAUCUGGUUUCGGUGCAGGCGCAGGAGCAGGAGCAGGAUCUGGCUACGGCGUUGGUGCAGGAGCUGGAGCAGGAUCUGGGUACGGCGUAGGUGCAGGAGCUGCAGCAGGAUCCGGUUACGGCGCCGGUGCAGGAGCUGGAGCAGGAUCAGGUUAUGGCGCUGGAGCAGGAUCUGGUUAUGGUCAAGGAGCCGGUGCUUCAGCAGGAGCAGCAGCAGCUGGUGCAGGCGCUGGAUAUGGAGGUCAAGCAGGUUAUGGACAAGGAGCUGGUGCUUCAGCAGGAGCAGCAGCUGGUGCAGGUGCUGGAUAUGGAGGACAAGCAGGUUAUGGACAAGGAGCUGGUGCUUCAGCAGGAGCAGCAGCAGCUGGUGCAGGCGCUGGAUAUGGAGGACAAGCAGGUUAUGGACAAGGAGCCGGUGCAUCAGCAGGAGCAGCAGCAGCUGCUGCAGGCGCUGGAUAUGGAGGACAAGCAGGUUAUGGACAAGGAGCCGGCGCUUCAGCAGGAGCAGCAGCUGCUGGUGCAGGUGCUGGAAGACAAGCAGGUUACGGGCAAGGAGCUGGUGCUUCUGCAGGAGCAGCAGCUGCUGGUGCAGGUGCUGGAAGCCGAGCAGGUUACGGACAAGGAGCCGGUGCAACAUCAGGAGCAGCAGCAGCAGCUGGUGCAGGCGCUGGAUAUGGAGGACAAGCAGGUUAUGGACAAGGAGCCGGCGCUUCAGCAGGAGCAGCAGCUGCUGGUGCAGGAGCUGGAAGACAAGCAGGUUACGGACAAGGAGCCGGUGCAUCAGCAGGAGCAGCAGCAGCAGCUGGUGCAGGCGCUGGAUAUGGAGGACAAGCAGGUUACGGACAAGGAGCCGGUGCAGCAGCAGGAACAGCAGCAGCUGGUGCAGGCGCUGGAAGACAAGCAGGUUACGGGCAAGGAGCCGGUGCAUCAGCAGGAGCAGCAGCAGCUGGUGCAAGCGCUGGAUAUGGAGGACAAGCAGGUUAUGGACAAGGAGCCGGUGCAUCAUCAGGAGCAGCAGCAGCAGCUGGUGCAGGCGCUGGAAGACAAGCAGGUUACGGACAAGGAGCUGGUGCAUCAGCAGGAGCAGCAGCAGCUGGUGCAGGCGCUGGAUAUGGAGGACAAGCAGGUUAUGGACAAGGAGCCGGCGCUUCAGCAUUAGCAGCAGCAGCAGCUGGUGCAGGCGCUGGAUAUGGAGGACAAGCAGGUUAUGGACAAGGAGCCGGCGCUUCAGCAGGAGCAGCAGCUGCUGGUGCAGGUGCUGGAAGACAAGCAGGUUACGGGCAAGGAGCUGGUGCUUCAGCAGGAGCAGCAGCUGCUGGUGCAGGUGCUGGAAGACAAGCAGGUUACGGACAAGGAGCCGGUGCAUCAGCAGGAGCAGCAGCAGCAGCUGUUGCAGGCGCUGGAUAUGGAGGACAAGCAGGUUAUGGGCAAGGAGCCGGUGCAUCAUCAGGAGCAGCAGCAGCAGCUGGUGCAGGCGCUGGAAGACAAGCAGGUUACGGACAAGGAGCUGGUGCAGGCGCUGGAUAUGGAGGACAAGCAGGUUAUGGGCAAGGAGCCGGUGCAUCAUCCGGAGCAGCAGCAGCAGCUGGUGCAGGCGCUGGAUAUGGAGGACAAGCAGGUUAUGGACAAGGAGCCGGUGCAUCAGCAGGAGCAGCAGCAGCUGGUGCAGGCGCUGGAUACGGAGGUCAAGCAGGUUACGGACAAGGAGCCGGUGCAUCAGCAGGAGCUGCAGCAGCUGGUGCAGGAGCUGGAUAUGGAGGACAAGCAGGUUAUGGACAAGGAGCCGGUGCUUCAGCAGGAGCAGCAGCUGCUGGUGCAGGUGCAGGAAGACAAGCAGGUUACGGACAAGGAGCCGGUGCAUCAGCAGGAGCAGCAGCAGCUGGUGCAGGAGCUGGAUAUGGAGGACAAGCAGGUUAUGGACAAGGAGCCGGUGCUUCAGCAGGAGCAGCAGCUGCUGGUGCAGGUGCAGGAAGACAAGCAGGUUACGGACAAGGAGCCGGUGCAUCAGCAGGAGCAGCAGCAGCUGGUGCAGGCGCUGGAUAUGGAGGACAAGCAGGUUAUGGACAAGGAGCCGGCGCUUCAGCAGGAGCAGCAGCUGCUGGUGCAGGUGCUGGAAGACAAGCAGGUUACGGACAAGGAGCCGGUGCAUCAGCAGGAGCAGCAGCAGCUGGUGCAGGCGCUGGAUAUGGAGGACAAGCAGGUUAUGGACAAGGAGCUGGCGCUUCAGCAGGAGCAGCAGCUGCUGGUGCAGGAGCUGGAAGACAAGCAGGUUACGGACAAGGAGCCGGUGCAUCAGCAGGAGCAGCAGCAGCAGCUGGUGCAGGCGCUGGAUAUGGAGGACAAGCAGGUUAUGGACAAGGAGCUGGCGCUUCAGCAGGAGCAGCAGCUGCUGGUGCAGGAGCUGGAAGACAAGCAGGUUACGGACAAGGAGCCGGUGCAUCAGCAGGAGCAGCAGCAGCAGCUGGUGCAGGCGCUGGAUAUGGAGGACAAGCAGGUUAUGGACAAGGAGCCGGUGCAUCAUCAGGAGCAGCAGCAGCAGCUGGUGCAGGCGCUGGAUAUGGGGGACAAGCAGGUUAUGGACAAGGAGCCGGCGCUUCAGCAGGAGCAGCAGCUGCUGGUGCAGCCGCUGGAAGACAAGCAAGUUAUGGACAAGGAGCCGGUGCAUCAGCAGGAGCAGCAGCAGCUGGUGCAGGCGCUGGAUACGGAAGUCAAGCAGGUUACGGACAAGGAGCCGGUGCAUCAGCUGGAGCAGCAGCAGCUGGUGCAGGAGCUGGAAGACAAGCAGGUUACGGACAAGGAGCCGGUGCAUCAGCAGGAGCAGCAGCAGCUGGUGCAGGCGCUGGAAGACAAGCAGGUUACGGACAAGGAGCCGGUGCAUCAGCAGGAGCAGCUGGUGCUGGCGCGGGAUAUGGAGGACAAGCAGGUUAUGGACAAGGAGCCGGCGCUUCAGCAGGAGCAGCAGCUGCUGGUGCAGCCGCUGGAAGACAAGCAGGUUAUGGACAAGGAGCCGGUGCAUCAGCAGGAGCAGCAGCAGCUGGUGCAGGCGCUGGAUACGGAGGUCAAGCAGGUUACGGACAAGGAGCCGGUGCAUCAGCUGGAGCAGCAGCAGCUGGUGCAGGAGCUGGAAGACAAGCAGGUUACGGACAAGGAGCCGGUGCAUCAGCAGGAGCAGCAGCAGCUGGUGCAGGCGCUGGAUAUGGAGGACAAGCAGGUUAUGGACAAGGCGCCGGCGCUUCAGCAGGAGCAGCAGCUGCUGGUGCAGCCGCUGGAAGACAAGCAGGUUAUGGACAAGGAGCCGGUGCAUCAGCAGGAGCAGCAGCAGCUGGUGCAGGCGCUGGAUACGGAGGUCAAGCAGGUUACAGACAAGGAACUGGUGCUGCAGCAAGUGCCGCAGCUGCUAGUGCAGGAGCCGCUAGUUCACAAGUUGUAUCCAGAACAACGACAACCACAUCACAAUCCGCAGCAGGAGGAGCUGCUUCUGGAUAUAGUACAGGAGUUGGGUCUGGAGCGGUAGCUACUGCUUCAGGUGCUGGAUAUGGAGGACAAUCAGGAUACGGAACUGGAGCAGGUGCAGCAGCAGGAGCUGCAGCUUCCGGCGCAGGAGCUGGAUAUGGAGGUCAAGCUGGAUACGGACAAGGUGCAGGAGCCUCAGCAGCAGCAACCGCUUCAGCUGCAAGCAACCGAAUUGUAUCUGCUCCUGCUGUCAAUCGAAUGAGCGCAGCAUCUUCAACUCUUGUUUCUAACGGCGCUUUUAACGUCGGUGCUCUUGGUUCAACGAUUUCAAAUAUGGCUGCUCAGAUCCAAGCUAGUUCACAAGGACUUUCUAGUGCAGAAGCAACUGUGCAAGCUCUUCUUGAAGUAAUUUCGGUUCUUACCCACAUGCUCAGUUCGGCAAACAUUGGAUACGUCGAUUUCAGUCGUGUUGGAGAUUCCGCAUCUGCUGUCUCUCAAUCAAUGGCCUAUGCUGGUUAAGCACUUUUUCAAUGUUUAAUUAUUUGUAUGUAAUUAUUCUGAGAAAUAAAAUGACAGAGUGCUUUUUUUCUGAAA